AUGGAAGAUGCAUGGGCGUACGUCUUCUCCUAUCUGCCACCACGAGAGAUACUGAAGUGUGAGCGAGUAAGUAAAGCAUGGCGACAGCGAGCUCAUCGGGCCCUUCAUCAAAUGGACGACGUCGAUUUCGAGCCGGAUUUUCCUGGAGCGUUAGCCGACUCUGCCCGCCUCGAACGAAUACUGCGAGAGGAAAAGAAUGAAAAAUUCGGUCGCCAUUGCUGUGUUCCACCGGUCUAUAUUUGGCCUUUAUGUGCAGGAUUAUGUGGCCGACGACUGCGGAAAGUGACGUUUCGAGUGACCCCGCGAAAUGAGAAGUACGCCGUGUUCGCCAGCGAACACCAUGUGACCAGAGCUGUUGUCGAGGCGCUGGGUCGCGGUCAGGUGUUCGACCAUUUCGUUCUGGACGAGUCAAUUCUUUUACUAUUACCCAUUUCCAUCCGUGAUUUGUCGAUUUCUGCUGGCGGCUCGUUGAAAAUCACCAAUCUCAAUUUUCUGAAAGGAAAGCUGAUCGAGUCGCUGUCGUUGCAGAGGUCGCUGGUCUCUAGUGCAGACCUGACCGAGUUGGAGGCGAUGGCUCCGUCUCUGACAACACUCGACCUCUCUUCGUGUCUCAAUAUUACUGAUGGUUCAGCGCUUGGGAAACUCAACAAUUUAAGGUACCUCUACCUGGGGAACAAUCGGGACCUGUCCGACGAGUCUCUGCUGCGCAUCUGCGCCGGCUGUCCACGUCUUCAGCACCUUUCGCUGGACAACUGCUCCCUGUUGUCUUCCAUCUCUCUUCCAGCACUUGGUGGCCUAUCUGAGCUGGAGUGGCUCUGCCUCGCUGGAGUGAGCGGUGUCGACGAUUCUGUGCUGCAAGCACUCGCCAACUGUCGCCAGCUUCAAACGCUCGACAUCAAAUUCUGCAGAAAAGUAACCGAAGUGGGUUUAAUGAUCGUCUUUGACUUCCCGGUUCUCUUCCAUCUCGAAGUUCAAGGAGUGCGGGCCUAUUCGAAGGAGCUUCUCCUGCACGCCAGACGUCUUCCGAAGACGAUCCUCAGCGACUUUACGGAUACACCGGUCUUCAUCGUGCCCACACUUCCCAGUGCUGUUGUCGGCUGA